AUGACCGAUGAGGAGAGGAUGAGCAGCAUUGAGAUGAUCCGAAAGAAGUUGCGUGCAGUGGAGUAUCUAGGACUUUCAUUCAAGUGCAGCUUCAAGUUCUCAAUUGAGCCAGAGACAGUUGGUGAGGUCAAGCUUUGCAGCUACUCUGAGCUGCAAAAUAUUACUGAUUUCAAGUCCGCAAGCUUGAUCCAGGAGACUCUUUCGGGAAGAUUGUUCCAUGGCACCAUUGGUGAAGGAUCUAAAACACGACCAGCACUUGUAAAGACAUGGGAUUUUCUCCGUCCUGAAGAUAAAAGACAUGCUCAACAUCCAUACAAAUUCUGUGAUGAGAUCGAGUUGUUAACAGAUGAAAAAGCAAAUACGCACCCCAAUUUGGUAAAGUUGUAUACGUUCUGCUGGGACACGAGGCUUGCAGCUGUCUAUGAUGAAAAAUUCACCAGAGUCUUGUCUGAUGUGCUUUUGGCUGAUCACUUUGGAUGGGAUAAUCGGAUAAAUGUGGCAACUCAACUUGCAGAUCUCUUCGCGUGGUUUCAUGGAAAGAGGAUAGCAAUCGGGAGUGUUACGCCUUCGUGCGUUAUGAUAGAUGAGGAACUGAAUGCCAAAGUAUUUGACUUCGGUUUCGUUUCUAAUCAUGUGAACGAGGAUUGUGAAAUUAAAGUUAAAGCUGAAGUUGGCAAUGAUGAUCCAGAGGUUUCACUAGGCAUGUUUGUGAAUUUCUUGCUUGAUACAGGUAAGCGGACUAUGAAAUCUGACAUUUAUAUAUUUGGUCUUCUACUGCUGGAGCUAAUAAACAAAGAGAAAUUUAAGUUUCACGAAGGCCCUUGGUUUUUGCAAAGCUCAAUUCAAGAUGAGGCUAAACGUAGCAAAAAAGGCUUGGUUCAUGAAUGCUUCAAAGAGGUUGAUGAUGGAACUGCGUCUGAGAUCACACGUCUGACAUUAAAGUGCAUGGAUUUCGAUCCAGACAAAAGGCCAAAGAUGAAGGAUGUUUUUUAUGCUUUGAGAGCGAUGAGAGCGAGGGGUGAGAAGCGAAAAAGAGAUGAAAAUGAGGCAGAAAAAAAAAAGCAGCUACCCUGA